CCUCAUGCCUCGUGUAGCCAGUGGUGGAGCAGUGAAGCUGUAUAUUUUGCUGUGCUCUUCUGAGGAGAGCUUAGCUGUGUUUAACUCUCUGUCACAGCAGCAACAACAACUUAAUCAGAACAAAACCUAGCAAUGCAAGUCAGUUUCACAGAAGCCAGCAACAGCUUAAAUGGAAGCAGAGGAAGGCUGGAUUUUACACUUGUAACUUGCACAGAAACAAUGACUUUCACUGAAGUAGUGGAAGACGAGGAAUGGGGAUCCUUCUACUAUUCCUUUAAGACAGAGCAGCUGGUUACUCUUUGGAUUCUCUUUAUUGUCACAGUUGCUGGAAACUCCAUCGUGCUGCUCUCUAUGUGGAAGAGGAAGAGGAAAUCCCGAAUGACCUUUUUUGUAACACAGUUAGCCAUCACAGAUUGUUUUACAGGAUUCAUAAAUAUACUGACUGAUAUAAUUUGGCGCAUCACAGGUGAUUUCAUGGCCCCUGAUCUUGUCUGCAGAGUUGUUCGCUACCUGCAGGUUGUCCUUCUGUAUGCCUCAACUUACGUUCUGGUUUCACUCAGCAUAGACCGUUACCAUGCCAUAGUUUAUCCAAUGAAGUUCCUUCAGGGAGAAAAGCAGGCGAAAGUUCUCAUCAUGGUGGCAUGGAGCCUCUCGUUCCUGUUUUCAAUUCCGACUCUGAUUAUAUUUGGGAAACGGCAGCUAUCCAAUGGGGAAGUGCAGUGCUGGGCCCUCUGGCCUGAUGACUCCUACUGGAUACCCUACAUGACUGUGGUCGCUUUCCUGGUAUAUUUCAUUCCUUUGAUUAUCAUCAGUGUCGUUUACUUCAUUGUGAUUCGAACCAUAUGGAUGAAGAGUAAACCUCAGGCUGCGAUUAUUUCCAACUGUACUGAUGGCAAAUUCUGUGCCAGCUACACCCAUCGAGGGAUCAUAUCAAAGGCUAAAGUUAAAGCUAUCAAGUACAGCAUUGUAAUUAUUCUUGCAUUUGUCCUCUGCUGGAGUCCUUACUUUCUCUUUGAUAUCUUGGACAACUUCAACGUACUCCCUGAGACCAAAGAACGCUUCUAUGCAUCUGUGAUUAUUCAGAAUCUACCAUCUUUAAACAGUGCCGUUAAUCCCCUCAUCUACUGCAUCUUCAGCAACAGCCUCUGCCGUCCUUUUGGGAAAAGAAGAGGAAGAAACUUAGGGGGAACUUUCAAAGACCGAAGUGAUGGGCAGGAGAUGCAGGCUCUGUCCAAGCCUGAAUACAUCUAGAGUGCAUAUAUCAAAGACCCCCACUAUUACUGCCUGGGGAAUGUGACAUCUCAUUCUUGCUCUAUAGCAUAUGGAUUUCAGGCUGGCAUUGCAAAUUCUUUCACUGUACUCCCUAUGGGCCAAAUUCAGCCCUGAGAUAAAGGAAAGUUGCAUGCUCUUAUGCCAAGACUGAAUUUGACUCUCUAUUUCCAGAGAAGCUGUAUCCAAGUGGUCUACCUGUUUGUAAAUAUAUCUGUUUUUAAAGAUUAUCUUGUUGAAGCUAUAUACAGUUACCAGCUGAUGUAACUCAUAAAGAGCAUUUAGAGCUAAUUACAGACAAGGGCCUUAUUUAAUACAUUUGCAAUGAAGUGUUGGCAUCUCAACUCAGCCCAUGUCACCUUCAAUUUAAUUUAUUGAUGAAAUUUUGGUUUCUUUAUAUACCACAAUAGAUGAAGUAUAAAAAGGUGCGGGGGGGGGGUGUCAUAAACAGAUAGCUAAGGGUUAAUGUCUCUUUCACCUGGAAAG